CCCGUGACGUCACACCCUCAGUCACUCACUGAGCUGGUGAGAGUUGCGGACUUCAGCUGCUGUUUAUGAACUUUAUUUCAUAUCGUAAUAAAUCCAUCCUCGGAACAGACGAACCAUGGCGCAAGGGCUCAAAGAGCGCUUCGAGAAGUUCCUUCACGAGAAGAAUCUUCUGACUGACGUGUUGGCGAAGAUCGAGGCGCGGACCGGAGUGAACCGAUCCUACAUCGCAUACGUUGUCCUCGCGCUGCUCGCAGUCUAUCUGGUGAUCGGAUACGGCGCGUCUCUGCUCUGUAAUCUCAUCGGAUUCGUCUAUCCUGCCUACAUAUCAAUCAAAGCCAUUGAGAGCGCAACCAAAGAGGACGACACCAAAUGGCUGACCUACUGGGUGGUUUACGGCGUGUUCAGUGUCGCCGAGUUCUUUGCUGACAUUUUCUUCUCCUGGUUCCCUUUCUACUUCUUGGGAAAGUGUGUUUUCUUGGUUUGGUGCAUGGCUCCCACUUCAUCAAACGGCUCUGUUCUGAUCUACACAAGAAUCAUCCGGCCCUUCUUCUUAAAGAAUGAAGCCAGGAUCGACAAUGUGAUGAAAGACAUCAAAGAUAAAGCAUCAGAGGCGGCAGACAAGUUUAAAGAUGAAGCCAAGAAAGCCACUGCCAACAUUAUAUUUGAGGAGAAAAAGACCUACUAAAACCUACAGCCAUUUCAGCUUCUUUCUGUCCUACAGGAUGACACUCGCCUGAAUAAAUGUUGCCUUUAUAUGCUCGUUUUCUUAAA